AUGAUUGUGCGUGUGCACAAGACGGGCCGUCCGGAGCGCACCUCAGCUCUCCCGGGUGGCUCCACGGCAGUGGGCCCACUGCCUCCAAUGCCCGUGACAUGGCGGCCCGGCAUGCUGCCAACUCUCCCGGCCGACCUGCCCGCUCAGGAGAAUGACGACGGGCUGCCGUCGCCGGACGGCUCCGCCGCCCCGGAUACUGCGGAGGUGGGGUCCAACAAUGCCGCGGCGACGGCCGGGGCCGGCGGCGCUGCUCGCGGCGGCGGCGGCGGCGGCAACAGCCUACCCAGCGGCACUGACGGCGGCAGUCCCUACUACGGCCUGGUGACUUCGCUGCGUUGCCUUCAACGUCAGAACGCUGAGGAGGCCGCGUUCAUCCGCGGCACCUUGGCGGCUCUGAAGCAGGUGACCCUGGCGGGCUUUGAGGACGUGGGGGAGGUGGAAGUCCUUCCCGGACUGCCCAGAGUCUGGUCGAGUCAAGGGACUCAUGGACGCGGGGCGCUGGGCUCGGUGGCGGCGGCAGGCAGCAGCACCACGGCAACGGUCGCCUUCGCCGCCGCUGGCUCCACGACUGGCGGCGGCUGGAGUCAAACCAGCGCCAGCAGCAUCGUUUGUCCCGCUGUGCCGCAUGGCCACCUCGCGUUUCAUGCCGCCACUCACGAAGCGAACCUCGCGGCUAUCUUUGGCGGCGGUGGUGCUGCCAGGUGGCACUCGCCGGCGGCGGCGGCGGCGGCGCUGAGACCAUUUCAAGGUUUUGGUCCUGCUGGUGGAGCGGGCGGCGGCGGCGGCGGAAUAGUGUCGGCGUCAUCGCCAGCCGCCUGGAGUCGGCCGCCAAUGUCUGAGUUGCUUGGCACGUUGCCGACACCGUCAUGUAGCAGCCCGGCAGCAGUAUUGGCAGGCAACGCGUUGCCGCCGUCGCGCCUUUGCCACCCACAUUAUCGCGACGCGGUUAACGGAAUGCCUGGUCAGAUCAUGUACGGCGGCGGGGGCGAGCCAGCUGCUGGCCCAGGGAGGUUCAGGGGAUGA